CCAUCUCACAUGAACUUGUGCGAUACGAAAUCAAAUCGACCGACGAUCAAUUCCGCCGGAGAUAAAUGGGGAUUUGCAGUUCCUGCGAAUCGGCAGCCGUCGCCACGGCGAAGAUAGUAAUGGAGGAUGGGAGAUUGCAGGAAUAUUCCUCUCCGGUUAGGGUUUCCUACCUAUUGCAGAAGAAUCCGGCCUGUUUCGUCUGCAACGCCGACGAGAUGGACGUCGGCGACGUCAUUUACGCCGUCGGCGCCGAGGAGGAGCUCCAGCUCGGCCAGCUCUACUUCCUCUUGCCGCUGAGCCUUCUCAAGCGCCGGCUACAGCCGGACGAGAUGGCCGCAUUGGCCGUCAAAGCCAGCUCGGCUCUGAAACGGACCGCCGCCUACUGUGGGGAAACUCGCCGGAAUGUCCUCGUCUUCCCUGAAGUGGACAGCCUUGCGCAGCCGAGAAAAGUUUCCGGCGCCGAUGUCGGAUCUCGGAGAAAGAGCGGCGCCGGAGUUAGAGGGAAUAAUACACAGCGGCGGUUGUGUGCGAUUCCCGAGUAGGGGUAUUUUGGGAAACGGAAAUUUUUUUCUGUAAAUAUAGUGUAAAAUUUGUCACAAAUUUUUCCGAAAAAUACAUGGAGAUGUUCAACUUGAUAAUAUUUUUUGUUUGUUAUCUUUGUUCAAUAAGAA